AGUCAUUUUUUGUAAGUUAUAAGCUGAAUUUAUUAUUACGUUAUGUCUGUUUCAUAGUAUUAACUCUCUUUUUUCAUAGUUUGAAUUUUUGUUGUUUGAAAAAUUUAAUUUUUAACACAUUGGAUAACUUUGAUCCUAUCAUCAACAUUUAAUCGCUUAAAAUGUCAGAAUAUUGGAAGUCAUUGCCCCGUAAAUUCUGUGAUAUUUGCAAAUGUUGGUUUGCUGAUAAUAAAGCUAGCAUAGAUUUCCAUGAAAGAGGUAAGCGUCACCAAGAAAAUGCAGCUAAACGAAUACAAGAUAUUCAAAAAAGGGGCAUUAAGGAAGCCAAAAAGCAGAAAAAAUUGGAUGAUGAUAUGGCCAAAAUUGAAAGAGCUGCUUUAGCUGCAUUCAAAAAAGACUUGCAAAAUGAAUCUGUGUCAAGUUUAGAAAAGAAUUCUGUGAACAGUUCCCUAACUGCUCUUAAAGUUACUAAAACUGAAUCUGUUGCCAAAAAGGAAACUACUGAAUUACCUAAACCAAAAUCCAAAAAUAGAGACAAGAAAAAGAUUGAUCCCCCUAAGACACCGACAAAAAUAUGGUAUGAAGCAGUAACAGAAGAAGGCUAUAAAUAUUAUUGGAAUACUGAAAAUUCAGAAAGCCAGUGGGAUCCUCCAGAAGAAGGUUAUGUAUCGAUGGAAGAACAAACUCAAGCAAAUUCAGAAAACUCCACUGAAACUGAAACAACACAUAACACCAAAGAAUGUAGGAAAGAUAGUACAGAGUCUGUUUGUACUGUUGGUCCACAGCCUAAACCUGAUCCUUACGGACAAUGGGUUACAGUUGCACAGGAAGAGCCUGAGGAAAUUGAUCUGCAAUUACCUAAACCCUCGGAAGAUCUUGUUGAGGUUGUAAUACCUAUCGCAACAGAUGAACCUAAAUUAAAAAUCAAAGAAAAAGUAAUUGGAAACUUAACUGACAUUGAUUCUUCUGAAGAAGUUACUUUCAAAAAGAGAAAGUUCCUUGGAUCUUCAAAAAGAAACACUAGACAAAGAACUGAUGAUGAUGAUUAAUGCUUGUCGUAGAAUAAUUUCUGUAUAGAGUUUGUAAAUAUCAAGAUUUUAUUUAUUUUAAAAUAAUAAAAAAAAAUUUAAUCAAUUUA